UUGUAUCUGUAUAAAAUGGCGCCGUCUACUGAUAGUUUUGAAUCGUAAUUCGUGUCGAGAAUAAUGAAAAUCUGCGGUCGUUUCACGAUGCUAUGAAGUGGCAUGAAUGCCCGAAAUCCAGGCCGUGUGAGGCAAACUCGAAAAGAGCGUCCGUUUAAAGAAAGACAGCGAGACACCUCAACGGAGUCGACCCGUAGUACUAGUUCAAGGAACGACAGCCGCAUAGACAUUGCAAAAAAUCGUAAACAACGCGAAAACAAAGCCGACGAGCAAGUCAGCAGAGCGAGGGAUAAAAACUACGAUAUUCCUAAUAGGGUUCCUCCUGCAGACUUGAAAGACCGAGGAAAAAAUGAAAAUUUAAGACGGUCUGAAAAGAGCUCUGGCUUUCGUGAGAAAAACAAUGCCCUGGUUCAGAGCAGAGAUGGCUAUCGCGAUUCAACCAAAGAUCGGAGAGUUGGCAACUUUAGUGAUGAUUCGCCAUUGUCACUUCUCAUCAGACAAAUCAACAAAGAAAGUGACAGUGAAAAACGGCUCGCAACUGCUAAGAAACUUGAAGAAUUUGUCAACCAACCGACCAAUUUUCAGGCUGUGAUUAAAGUUGUUGAUGAAAUUUUGAGUUUUGCCGAGGCAAUAUUCCGUGAAAGGAACCCAAACACAUUUGAGCUGAAAGAUCAGAUUGCAAAAUGUGUUGGAAUUAUUACCGGUCUUCUUGGCGCUGAAGCAAAGGGAUUCAUAUUUUUGCUCAUUUCGAAAGUGGAAUCGGCUUCGUCAGAGGAACACAAGUCACUACUUAUAAAAAUUUUAACAAAGGCAGUGGAGCAAGAUGAGAAGAAACAUCGAUUCAAAGAUUUUAUUCCGUUGCUGCUGACAAAACUACACAACAUAUUAGAAAAUGCAGACACUUCAGAUCUUCUUCACUCUGUGCUAUCAAUCAUCAUGCCGAUAGCAGUGGAGUAUCCUCAAGUUUUCACACCUCAUUUCAGAGAUACUGUAGAUAUUUUGAUUGGUUGGCACAUUGAUACCAAACAACCAAAUCAAUUAGUUCAAUUCACUUCAGAUUGCUUGAUCAGCCUCCAUCGAUACUGGGUUGCUGAUAUCAAUUUUUCUCUAACACUCCUCACCCAGUUCUUGGAGGAUAUGGAAGCGUAUUCUGAGGAACUGAAAUAUAUUGCGACUGGACAACUUGAUGAAAACCAGGUCUCACCACCCUAUUCCUCACUGCCAAAGCUGACUGCUUUAGUAAGGGUGUUUACCACUGUAAUGAACGGAAUUGGAGAGUGUUUUACACCAACGAGAAGCCCAACAAUAACUCAAGAAUAUAUAACGAAGCUUUCAAAAGGAGUGAUUGAUUGUGUUCGAUCUGGUGGAUAUUCAUUUUUCUACGAAGAUCUUUUCAAGACAGCCAACGAGUGUUUUGGUAUAAUGUGCUGUUUUCUCAAAAACCAAUUUUCCUCCUCUUGCGAAAUGACUACCGAAUUCGCUUUGGAACAGUUGGAAAGAAAGUCGCUGACCUUUGCGCAUACGAAGUCGAUUUUAGCAUUCGUCAAGCAGGUGAUAAAGCACGUGAAUGCCGCGAUACCUGAUUCGUUCGUUAUGCUCUUGUUAAAUCCAGAUUCAGCCAUAAUGAAGUUGAGAUUCUGUGCGGAUGAAGAGAUUUUAAAGCGUUUGAUCGAGAUCUGCCAAUGUCUCAUCAACAUUAAAAGUGUUUCUCUCAUGGAGAGGACGUACGAAAUAUUUGUAAAGGAUAUUCGAACAGCGUAUUCACAACUCAAGGAGAACAUCAAUGAAGAUGGGCAAGAUGGUGAUGAUGUCACGUUACUUACUCAAGAAAACGUCGAAAGAAACUCGUCAGCGGUUGCAGUGCGGGAGUCUGGAGACCACGCCGAUGAUAAUAUGUCCAGUGAAGUAAAACUGUAUCAAGCACAAGUGAAGACUGUGUUUGAUCUGCAAGUUUUGGGUAGUCUAAACCUAUCACAGCCAUCUAACACUAACCCCGUUUGGAGAGUCUCGCCAUCUCUGGUGGAACUGUUUACCAAGGAGAUGAGUCCUACGGAUUGGGAUAUCGCGUUUCGUUUUCCAGCGGUCCAGUACACCAUCUUGUGUUCUUUGUACGAUCACUGUAAAAGAAAUAAAUACUUUCGAGAAGACAGCGCUGCAAAUAGAAAUAAGAGUGAGGUUGAGAUUAUUGGCAAAGUUCAAGAAAUGAUUUUGGAAAUCCUUCAAAACGCUUUCUCCUCUUGUGAUAUCAGGAUGUUAUGUAUCGCAUGGAUUGUGGAUCUCGUGGAAUUAGCAAACAGCUCUGAAGAUGCGAUCAGCAUCGACUUCGAUGCAUUUCUUGAAGGGAUGUUACCUCUUUCUUAUCUUCCUGAUGAAGAUGUUCGUCUUACGGCGAGUGUCUGCAUCAAACUUAUGAUACAGAAUAAACUACUUUCCAACGACUGCAUCAAAAGAUCAUUUCAAGAAUGUGUUUUUCACAUCACGGAUGUAUAUGAGAAUAUCAGGGAUACGUUCAUUCAUUUGUUGACCGCUGUGCCAGUUGAUCUUGCUAUAAGUUUUGGACCACACAGAUCAAGUUGCGACCAUCUCAACAGCAGAUGCGAUUCACCGCUGAAGUUAUCAAUCAUUGGUAGUUGGCUAGCGAGGAAGAUUCACAUGAUGAAGCCAUCUACAAUCACCUUUCAUUCCCACAACUUUCGUGUUGUCAGUUCGUUUAUCUUACAUGGCGUUCUACCCCCGAAAGAAGAGAGUCCAGACUGGUUGCUGCACUUGUAUCACACCUGUCAGAGACGUUCUCAGGAAAAACAGCACAAUCACCCGAUGAACGACAAAUACUAUUUCAGCAGCAAACACGAUCCAAACUCUGUUGUUUCUAUCUCCAGCAACUAUGCUCUUCUCUGGUUUUGGGCAACGUGGGAAAUGGCGCAGUUCUGUGUCUUGGCAAGACUCAAAACACCGCUUGGUCGAGCACAGGACACGUUCCAAGCCAUCGAGAGUGUAUUAAGAGAGUUUAUGAGUCAAGUUUGUCCAGAUCAAGAUAAAAAGACGAUAAGAAUAAAAAAGAAAACUGCUCCUCAAGAACCAGCUAAAACCAGCAAAGAGAGCUCAUCCCAGCCGCCAGCUUUCUGUCAACUUCAGGUGAAACUGCUUCUGCAGUUUGUUGAAAAUUUGGAUAAACUGAUGUACAGUGCUUACGAGGGUGCUGCUGUUUCAUUACCACCAUUUCCCAAGGCUGUGCGGUUGUUCUUCCGGACAAACAAGUCAACAUGUCAGGAAUGGUUGUCGAGAAUUCGCGGUGUCAUCACGUCUGUCUCAAUGGAAUGUGGAGAACCAGCUACAGCUGUGUACCACGGACUGCAGCGCUUGAAAGAACUGAAAAACGGUGGCAAAGGAAAGGAAAGAGAUUUUGAAUUGACUGCCCUGGCCGUUGCCAAAGCCUUGUGUCAGCUCAAAGCAUCGGAGGCUCUGCAAGGCUUGAGUACUUGGUGUAAGAAACACUGCGAACGGGAUUUUCCAUGGCUGGAGGCGAUUGUACAUAAAUCAAAUGGAAGAUAUGAAAAAGCUAUAUGUGAAUAUGAGAAAUGUCUGCAAGUGUUUGAAACUGAUGAUACGAACGAGGGAACUAAACCAGAUACAAGUUCCAACCUGAGCUCAACUGUCCUGAACUUUCUCGUGAAUGAGAUUACAGAUUGUUACACCAAGUUAACUGAUUGGUCAGAGGUUGAACAAUGGCAGAAGACGGUCCAGGAAAUGAGAGGUCAUCUGCCAAAUCCUGAAUAUCAACAGGCCGCGAAUAUCAAGAUUGAUAUGAACUACGUCAGGGCUUUGCAUAACUUUGAAGAUGGGGAGUUUGUUGGCGUGCGGGAAUGCCUAGAGUUAAUUCCUGGUGCAUCGCUCAGCUUCAUCAUCGAUAGGAUCGGAGGCAGUCCACUCACUUUGGGAAAGGAGGAGUCGAAGAGCGCUGGAUACACGUUCACUCCCCCCUGGAGUCCACAGCAGGUGUUACAAGCAAGUGAUAUUUUUAUGAUGCAAGCUUUGACUUUGUAUUGGACCUCUGGUAUGGCCGGGGGUGGAACCAAGAAGGAUGAAGUAUUGAGGAAUGAAAUACAUGAUCUACUCAGUCAUGGCAGUGAUUUGCUCGAAGGUGUGAUCACAAAUGGUGCAAAAGAUUGGCCACCCUCUAUUUCUGAAAUCCAUGCUGUCCAGUACUACGGUAUCAACUUACUCUCCAAAGUGCUCUCAGGAAAACACGAGGAGGACAAAUCACAUUUCAUGCCAUUCAGCAGCAACCUUCAAACGAAAUCCUCUUCGCGGAGCUCUUUGGACAGCGGCGUGAUGUGUAAGAUACUUCAAAUAACCGCCUAUAACCAUUACCAUCACAAACUUCACGGUAAAUACCAGGAUGAAACGGGAGACCAGCUAUCGACCAUUCAACUAGCCACGAUUCGCACAGCCAGGAAGGAACGAAAUUUUCGACUGGCCUAUAAACAUCUGCGACUAUUGCUGUCUGUUCAGAAGGAUCAAACGUCCACUUUAACGAAAGAGGAAAAGGCUUCAUUGGGGAAUUUACCACGUGGGGAACCUAGUGUGUAUACGAACAUCUUGUGUGAAUCCUUGUGCGAAGAUCUGACAGCAUUGCAAUCCACGGAGAUGCAGACUACGACCAAAUCUUGUAUAUAUAAUGAGUCUGCUAAACUACUGCAUGCUCUGGGACAUACCACAAAAGCUGCGGACGUGUUGUGCUGCAGUCUACUGGAAGAUAAAGGGAAAGAGAGUAAGAUGGGUUAUGCAAAGACAUUAUGUACGCUGGGAAAAUGGUUUCUAGGCGAUAGAAAGGUGGUGAACGGUAGCGAACAGUUGAAAACAAACUUGUUGAAAGUUUUGAACUUUGAUACGGAAGGCGUUGAUGGCGCUGAAGGGAUUGCAAGUGUCGACGAUGUUGAUGUGUUGUGUGGAAGAGUUUUCAGUCUGAGCAGCAAGUGUGCGCCAGAUUUGGACAAGGCGUGGUUCAUGCUUGCCGGAUGGGCUUACAAGGCUGGACGUAAAGUUGUUGAACAAGCGUGUUCUGGUGGGAGUGUUGAAAUAUCGAGAGCGGAACGUGAAACUAUCAUCGAAACAUUGCCUGAGGAGAUGACCAGCAAAGAAACAGAGGAAAUUCUUUCUAUUUUAAGCAAAGGACAUUUCACUACAGUUGGUGCACAAGACGAAGAAAUUAACUCUGGUAACGAGAUUUUGACCCGGGAAGAGGAGACAGUCAGGAAGCAACUCAUUGAAGUAUCUCAGUCGUUCAGCGAGUCGUGUGUUGAAUCACUUGUCGUAAUAUGGCGUGGAAUAUGCGAGCGACUCUUCAGUCAUUACAGAACCGCUGUGAACGCUUACUUCAAGUAUCUGAGGCUCCAUGGCAAGACUUCUGUCAAAAGUGACGUGGACAGCGAUAGACACGUGACCGCCACUCUACGCCUUCUUCGCCUGCUCGUGAAGCAUGCCGGGGGAUUGAAAUACGAGUUAGAACAGGGUUUCCACGCCACCCCCACUGCACCGUGGGAAGAAAUCAUUCCUCAAUUAUUCUCUCGUCUCAAUCAUCCUGAGGAGUAUGUGCGUAAAGGUGUGACAGAACUCCUGUGUCGGGUGUCCAAAGAUUCGCCGCAUCUCAUAUUGUACUCGGCCAUCGUUGGAUGCUCCGGGAAUAACCUUCGACAUGAUAGAAACACAAACAGUUUGAUGACAUUGGUCGCCAGUCGAUCAGAUGAUCCUGACAAUUCUUUCAAUCUGGAGGACGAGGAACUCAACUUUGACUUCAACCAGGAGCAGACGUUGCAAAGCGGUUACCACACGAUUGUCGAGUCGCUUGCCGACGGCAACUCCCGACUGCUUGCCGAAGUUCAAGACUUCGUCCUUGAGCUGAGACGAGUGACGUUGCUGUGGGAGGAGCUAUGGCUUGGCUCCUUGAUCCAGAUUCAUCACGACUUCGAGAAACGAGAAAACCAAUUGAAUGAUGAGAUUAAACGAGUUAAUUCCAGCACGUCUUUGUCAGGUCAAGAGAAAUCUGCGCUGAUCAAGGGAAAGCAUAUUGCUUUAAUGAAACCUAUUGUAUUUGCAUUGGAACAACUUCAGUCGAUCACAAACAAACAACCAGAGACGCCACAUGAAUCGUGGUUUCAGAAAACCUACUCGCCUCUGAUUGAGAACGCGCUACACGCAUUGAAGAAUCCUGAAGAACCCAGUAAGCCUCAGACCAGCUGGGCUAAAUUCAGACAGCUUCUGCAGUCCUUACAACAGCGAUCUCAGAAGAGAUCAUCUGUCAACCUGAAGCUGGAGGAGAUCAGUCCAAAACUCUGUCAAUUAAAUCCUUCGUUUAUUUACAUGCCUGGUCAGAAGUUUUCCUUGAGCAAGGUUGUGACUGUGAAUUCCCUGGAGAACGAUGUGGUUAUUCUGCCUACAAAAACUCGACCGAAAAAGAUUGUUCUGGUUGGAUCCGAUGGGCAAAAGUAUAUGUAUCUUUUCAAAGGUCUGGAGGAUCUGCAUUUAGAUGAAAGAAUUAUGCAGUUUCUGUCGAUUUGUAAUAACAUGUUUGCAAAACCUAACAGAUGUGAGGAGAACCUCUUCCUGGCUCGUCAUUAUUCUGUCACACCUCUUGGUCCAAGAUCAGGUCUCAUCCAGUGGGUCGAUGGCGCUGUUCCGAUCUUUUCUCUUUACAAACGAUGGCAGCAGCGCGACGCCGCUGCAACUGUAGCGCUAACCAAGAACGAACAGGGAGGUGGGUUCACGACCACACCCAAAGCUCCACUUCGACCAAACGAACUGUUCUACAACAAACUGACACCAUUGUUGAAAGAAAAGAAUAUUGAUGUGAGCGGAAGUAACAGAAAGGAUUGGCCUCUAGCGAUCAUGAGGAAGGUUUUGCAAGAACUUGUCCAUGAAACUCCGCAAGAUCUUUUAGAAAAAGAGCUGUGGUGUUCAAGCACUUGUAUCUCAGACUGGUGGAAAAUGAGCCAAAGGUAUUCGCGAUCUGUGGCGGUCAUGUCGAUCAUUGGUUACAUUCUUGGGCUUGGUGAUAGACAUCUUGAUAAUAUGCUGAUAGAUUUCACUACUGGAGAGAUUGUUCAUAUCGACUACAAUAUUUGUUUUGAAAAAGGCCGAGGAUUAAGAGUUCCUGAAAAGGUUCCUUUCAGACUGACCGCUAACCUGGAGACUGCACUCGGAGUAACUGGAGUGGAGGGAACCUUCCGUAGUUCGUGUGAGAAGGUUCUUCGUGUUCUCCGCAAUGGACGUGAAACACUACUCACUUUGCUGGAAGCAUUCGUCUAUGAUCCCUUGGUUGACUGGACGACAGGCAGCGACAACGCCUUCGCCAACGCCUUCUACGGUGGCCAGGCUCUACAUCAACAGGAUGUCAAGCAAAGCAAGAAAGUUAUGGAGAGAACCAUCACACAAUGUUUGUUUUCAUCGCGAGUCGCUGAGAUGAGAGCAUCGUGGCGAGGAAACAGAGAUAGUAUGAAUGCAUCUUUGAACAACUUAAAAGAAGCAGUUGACUCACACUUUUCGACUGUCAGUCAAUCCAUGGCUGUGUUUGAAAAUGAUAAAGAACUCCUUGGUCAGAUGGAGAUACUACAAGCUGCUGUCAAGUCAACCUUGCAUCCAUUACACGCCGUUCAAGCAAAAUAUGAUGAACAAGCGAAUAUGAUCAAUGACCUCAACAGUGUUCUUCAAACUAUCCAAGAAAGAUUGAAGGAUUGCCAACAAUGGGAUGUGCAACAUCAGGCUGCGCUCGACACGGUACGUGGAACAAAGUUGGCAAACAUUGCGAGCGAACUUGUGAAGCCAUUAGAUGUCGGUCUGCCAAGUUUUGCACCGGCUAUUGUUUUUCUUCAAAAUGCUGGACAAUCGAACACAGUCAGUCAGUGUGAACAAGUUGAAACAGAGCUGACGGGUUUAUUGCAUAAAAGACGAAGUCUUCUGAGAGCAUGUCUUGAUGUUAUACACACCUACGCCACGGUUAUAUCACAAUUUCCAGCCACAUAUUCUCACAACAUUAGAAGCUCAGAUUGGCAAACUUGGCUUAAACAGUUAAUCGAAAAUUCAUCAACAGCAGAAUGCAGAGCAAUUCUACAGGAAUAUGAAAACAAGCACAACUCUCCUGUCUCCGUCGAUGAUGACACUGUUGCACUUAUUAACGUCGAAAGUAAACUGCAGAAUAUAUUUAACGAGCAGAAAAGCAAGUUUGCUAAGUUUUUUGAGAGACGAAAUCAGGAGAAAGUUGAGACAACGUUUUUAAAUAAUACAGCAACUGAAGCGUUUCAAAAGUUGAAGCAAUUUGUCCACGAGAAUGGUAAGGAAGGAAGACUGGCCACUAUGCAUGUGAUGGUAACUGGACUAGCAUCACUCCAUAAAAGAUGUCUCGUCAUGGAAAACACGGCAAGAGUGGCGGGAAGUCGGUUAUUGGAGCUGGUAUCGCGCGACGGAGAUUGGUUCUUAGAAGAGCUGUGCUCGAUGACGGGAAAUGUGAUGCAGUUUGCAACAUUUGCACGAACAUACUGGAUGGACGCUUUGGAUCCGUCAAACCCGUGUGUUCAAGAUGCUGUAAAGUCUGUCCAGGCCCUCGCAUCUGUUUAUCAAAUGUACAAAUCAUUACAGGACAUGAUGACAAACUUUCGUAAUAUCAUUGUUCCCGAAACAAUGAAAUGUUUGGAAGUUGGCGAUCCAACAGUCUUGGAAGUUUUAGGGAAUUUCCAGGAAAUAAUAUCAUCUUGUGAUUUAAGUAUUGAAGAUAUGAUCCAAACAGCACAUUCCGUGGCUUCCAAGAAGGCCAAUGACUCACUUGACAUUCCAAAGAUAACUGCAGCAGCCAUUGACUUGGAGGAAAAGAUCAUGAAACUUUUAAGCACAGGAAAGCACGAACAUCCUCAUGAGAAUGGUGAAAGUGAGCAUAAGAUCCAGAUGAGUGCUGGUCAAAUGCUACUGGCUGGUUUUAAUGGAUUAUUUACGAAGCUCGAAAGCGAGGUUGACGCGCUGCUGGUCGCUGUUGAACAUGUUGAUCCUGAGUUUGAUGAUGGUAUUGAUGUCUAUAAAGAAGUUUGUGAACUCCGGGUUGAUAACAGCGAAGACAAUGGUAUUCUCAAGACGCUGUACCUUCUCAAAAGACUGAAUGUCAUGAAGAUGUUUUUCACAGACUGUCUUCGUCACGUGAAGAAUUUAUGCGACAGUUCUUCAGAAAGGCAGCCAGACCAUAUCCUAAGCGAGGAUCAACUCUCCGUGUAUGUUCGUCGUUACAUUGCUGACUUCGUACAAGAACGUAUGUUAGGUUUGCCCUCUUUCGUACUCACUAAAACUAUCGUACAAUGGCUGUCCCUGAUCGGUCUUGAUAUCCCGAAAAACCUCAAAGAAAACGCGAACACAUUGGAGAAUCUGUGCAAGAAGACUGUUGAUCAAAACAUUCGUCAAGAACUGUUUUCAGCAACAGUAUUAUCGCAGGCAAAUGAUUUGACGGGUUCAUUCAAUACAGCGUGGAGGAAACAUGAUUUUGCAAGACGUCUUGAUCUCAACGUCACAUUAUACCGCUGUGUGGUUCAGAGGGCUCAGCUGUCCUUGGCGAGGUUUCAAUGGUUUCACGAGGAUAUACUUCAUGUAGCUCCUGUUCGUGGGAACACCAUGAUCACACCAACACGUGCUACUGUGAUGAGCGACUUGAGAAAGCGUGUUCAAAAUCUGCUGUCGCUCGAUGUUGCGAUGUCGUCUGUACAAGAGAAGUUCACACAGCUGGAGUCGAGUAUCGAACAGCGGCUGAAAUGGGCCGCUGGAGCCAACCCAUCGUUGAAUCCAAUUUUGAAGAACUUUGAGCAUACGUUGAGGGACAGAAAGAGAUUGAUUGUGAUUGAGAGCAAGUACUCAAGUGAUAUUUGUGGAAUAUCCAACGCUAUUCUGCAUUUUGAAGCGUUCCGUACCAGAACCCAGGAAGCUUUGGCAGCCGACCAAGCCUUGGCCGUUUUAGUUCAUAGGUGUGAAGAAUGUUCGUCUAAAGUAGAGAAAUCUCAGGAUAGCUUGAAGGAUGUUGAAGAUCUUAUGGCAAAGAUUAACGUGACGAGCCCACCCAGUGAACCAAUCACGUUAGAAUGGAUGAAAACUCGACUGUCAAACAUCAAAGAAGACCUGGUCACCAAUCACACUCAGAAAUCACAAGUGGAUAAAUAUAUUGCUGAGAGCAAAGAGCAUCUUCGUUCCCAGAUCGCCGUAGUAAAAGCAGCGUGGACAGCUCAUCAGGUUCUUAUGGGUGAAGUCAAAUCAAUGCUGCAGUCAUUAGCAAAGGACGAGGAAGCCGUCGAGUCUGUAGGAGCACGUACCUUCAUCACGAAUCACAACAAACUGAACGAGGUUGCAACCAAGAUGUUGAAAGAUAUUUUGAACAUUUGCAGCUCAAACGGUGGUGGAAGAUCAAGCAAUGAUCUUGAUGAAACGAAGAACAAUUACCAACAAACCGAAGUGCUAAACUCCAUUAAUUCCGUACAUGCGAUAGCGACAUGGAUCUUUGAACAACUUCCUUCGCUCGCCUCGCCAUUGGUGGUCGAUGCUGGCGCUGAACUAGCCGAGAAACAGUCUGAAAGCACAACAUUAACAUUUGCUUCAGCUCUGCGACAAGGUGGACAGCAAACCGUUGCUAAGGAAACAGUGGCGUCAAUGCAUCUCGAUUCAGGCCCUCCUCUUACACCAGCUCUUAAAGAAGCUCUCAGUCCUCUCCAGGUCUCAUCUCCAACAAGACAGACAACACCAGGUUCUAUAGUGAAGAAAUCUUCUACCAUUCGUGAUCCACGGACAGGAAAAGCUGUACAAGAACGCAAUAUGUAUGCUAUUGGUGUAUGGAAAAGAGUGAAGGCAAAACUGGACGGGCGAGAUAUUGAUCCAACAAAAAGAAUGAGCGUCGAAGAUCAGGUUGACCACAUAAUUGAGGAUGCAACAAGUAAGGACAAUCUUUGCCUGAUGUACGAGGGUUGGACGCCUUGGGUGUAGGUUGUAUAUAAACCCCAUGAGGCUUAUGGGGUAGCCUGGAAGUAUACUAGAAUGCUCUCGCUGUUGUUACCUUGGUAACUAUACGUGAUACCCGCGCGGCUCCCGACAGCUGCACGAUAUAGAGAGAACUGGAAUCUCGGAUUUAAACUAGUGAUGACAUAGUUGUUGUUCAUGGAAUGGCCAGAGUAAACGACAUGCAACGCUAUAGUCGUAGUUUUGAAUGGACGUUCAAGGUUUUAAAGUGAUGUAGACGUCGUCAACAUAUCUCGCUGGCAUGGUACAAGGUGAAUAAUUGAUACGCCAAAAUCUAAGGUAACUGUCUGGGCGUUAGAAAUCUAAACUUUGUUGACGACUAAAAAAGAGAGAGAGCUUGCCUGUUUAAAAGCUAUUUGCUGGCUUUUUUUAAUAUGGAAUCAUCAAUAUUGGUAAGCUCUCAGGCAUAAUUUAUGGGUUUUUUUGUUUUUUUUUUCGAGAUCAAGCGAGUCAACAGGGCAUAUAGAGAGGAUAGGAUUUAGAGGAUAAUUUGACUUUUAAAUCACAGCGCUCUGACAAUUUCGCGUUGUAGGGAAAUUUUUGUCAGAAUAAUUCCAAUGUAUUUCAUUGAAGUCUCUCUAUAUUGCUUUGUGAUCCGUUUGAAUCAAAUUUGACUGUUAUGAUCCUUUGACAACGGGAUAGCUCUAGGCUACGACGACCAAUCAACGUCAGGUCAUAACACUCGUUCCUAUAUACCAGCAAAUCAUUAUUAUAUCAAGUGUUUUUAAUUGUGGCUUACUUUAUCCCGCACGAUAGAGAUAUGAUAUCAUACAACCAUUUUCACUUCAAUUCUUGACUUAAGCUUCAUCUUAACGCCAAAGCAAAUAUAUCAGGGUUGGAGAAUAGCAAUUGGUAGCUUUCGAAAGGAUCAUGUGAACUUGUGGAGUGCUAAAUUGAAAACUUCUAGCCAAAACAAAGGAAGCAUUUUACCAACGAACGCUAUUCCUCCAACCUCUAAUUGCGCACAGUAUAACAAAAUUUUUCUUCGUCUUUCGUUGGUUCUGUGUGAACCAGAUUACUCAUCGAAAGAUAUUUUAAAAGUGUUGGCUUUGUGAAAUUUACUCAGCCAACAACUAAACAUAGUUUCGUGAAAUUUAGUUAAUUCGUUUGUUCAGGGUAGAAGACGAUUGAUUUGUCUGUUUGUAUUAACGUACUUCGUAUUUCAUUUGAAGUAGUUUUAAUAAUUGCUUUACCUAGCUCUGAUGUGAUGUACUGUAGACUUGUGUAUAUUAAUUGUAAUUUGUAUUUUGAACACCAAAUCAAUACUCAGGUGGCACCUUAACCUAAGGCUGUUUUGCGUCGGUCGGAUUCUUACUUAAGUUCCGUAUGGGAAAUCCACUUGCAAAGAAUUCCAGCUGGUGCAAAACCACCCAGGUUGAAGUGCAUUCUGAAAUAUAACCGACCAAUUUACUUCAUUCAUGUGAACAUAAAAAUUAGGUAACAUAAGAUGACCGUAUAAAACGUUUCUA